UUGAUUGAUCCGACUUGUAACAUAAACUGUAGGAUAUUUAUGUAGUCCUUUCAACAGAUCACUACUUAUAUAGACAAUGACGUAAGCUAUCAGCUGUGAUGCUCGUUGCUCGCUUCUGCGCCAUGCUGUAUGUUUCUGUAUCUUUAUCAUAUCAGCACUGAAUCACUAGUGUUUAGUAAACACUGAACAGUCGAUCACUAGCUAUCAGGCCUGUUAUAAAAAAACAAUAAUUCCUAAUAGUAUAUACUUUAAAAUAAGAUUUCCAAAAAUAGGGAAGCUUAUUUGUGGGUUUCUUCGAUUUGAGUGGGAGUCAGCCUCAAAUGUCCGAUUUUGUUUGUCUCUUGCCCUUGAUUUGACUGCGAUUUUCGCGGCUUCGUGACGUGAUAAACAGAUCACUGUCUAUUGAAACUUGGUCGAUAACUGACCAUUAUGUGGCAUCUUUAAAGCCUUAAGAUGGUUAAAAUCGUGGCAAGACAAGUUGCAUCGAGCGCUGCACAGUUAAAUGAAGUUCUGACUUUGUCGAGUGUCGACAAGCCUGAUUGGCUAAUGAAUGUAAUCUCGCCAUGCCGUUUCAAUUUCGUUUCGUUUCAAAGGCAAAGAACAAAAAUUUAUCGUUGCUUGUAAAUUUGGACAAACUAUAUUGCUAAAGACCUCGCCUAUUAUAGCUAGUUUCAGUUGAAAUAGCCUAAUAGGCAAUGUUUUAUUACGUUCUUUGUAUCCACCGCGGUAUUUUGUUUAUGAUUUGACCUAUAAACUUGCAUCGGAAGGCAACACGGGCUGUGAUUGGUUUCAUUUGUGUUCGUAUCUAAUUACAAAAGCGGUAGAAAGCGAUGAUUGGUCAAUAAAGGGAAUACUUAUAAAAUAUUCACAUCACACCCAUUUCAGCUUCAUAUUUCAAUAUAUUGCCUGUUCCUAGCAUAUGCGAAGAUACUCUGACAAAUACCUUUAACUACGAAUUCUUUUUGAGAUGAAAGCCGCAAGGUUAUUUAGCAACUGUUGGAGAAUAUAAUUUAUUUUCUCACAUGCAAAGUUCAUCGAAACAAAUAUGGCCAACAAUAAUUAUCGCGAACCAAACACAAAAAAGAGAGGACGACCUGCAAACAAACUUUCUGUCAGGUUAUUUCUGCUUGAUCCAGACACCGUGAUCACUAAAGUGACCAAAGACACUUGUUCAAAGACUGGGAUAGAAGCCUUGAUGCAAAGAGGAUAUGGACCACCUCCAAAAGAACAUUGUAUAAAAGACGACAAGGUUGAAUUUACGCUGGACUUGACAAAUGAGCAGUUCAAACAGAAGUUAAUUGAAAUUUAUCCCAAAUUGGAAAAUGCCUUUUUUGUGUUAAUGAGAGCGGACAAAACCAACACAUUGGAAGAACUGAAUCCAGGAUUGUGCUGUUUCAGAUGCUACACUCCAGAAAAUGUUUACAACAGUGAACGUGGACAAGGAAGGCUUUAUAUGAAAAUUAUUGCUGAGAACGAGAUAUCCCCCUGUACCCAUGGAAUAUCUCUUACAAAAAGACUGCGUGGUAUCGGUGGUGGCCAGCAAUUUUUUGUACCAAUCUUACCAAAACCUGCGUCAACCCUCACCACAGGUGACGUCUUUACCUCAGCUGUUACCAUGCCAACUGGCCAAACCGAAUCAAGCCAAUCUGGCAACACAUCAACACAAAGUCAAUUAUCUUCGUCCACCAUUAAUUCCACCAUUACUUCGUCAACUGUAACGCCACUGGAUAACAACAGUUCGGUGAUGGUCACAACGCUUGAUCCACCAUUAUCUGUUGUUUCUCCCACAACACCUGGACUUGCAAGUCCCCAAAGUCGUUUACCAACAUCAAAUAUCUCGCAACGCGAAUCAAACCAACCCGUCAACAGUGACCAGUUAACACGAAGGCCAAUAUCCAUGUCGAUUGUUCCGCAGGUUAGUCUUGCACCUACAUCGCAAAAUCCAGGUAGCAUUCUGGUGCAGAGGCCGUUACAAACACCACUCACAGUUUCUUCCAUCACAUUAACACCGCUCCUACAAAAUUCUGUUAUUAUUCCAUCACAAAGCCAAUUUUUAUCGCCAUCUGUUAUUUCUAUGACCGGGCCAAGUCAGCCAGCUCAAGAUUCUAAUGUUUUAGCCCAAAGACAGUUACCAAUAUCAACUGCUUUCAUUACUGGAAAUACGGCAAUACCAGCAAUUCAAAAUCCUGGUAAUUUUGUAAAUCCGGGCCAGUUAGAAUCACUUGGUUCUGGGUCAAUGACACCGCAAGGGCAGUUUUCAAGAUCAACUGGAGUUCAUAACGUAAAUUUUUUGCAAUCAAUUCCGGGCACACAGUCUUUUAACCAAACCGUUGCUGACAAUGAUCUCGAUUCACAGUGGAGAGCGCUGGGUGAAGCUAUGGUCCUUGCUUCACAGAAUCCUGUCUUGAUGCCUAAUUCCACCGUACCUUCAUCCUUAACUUCGUCCACUCUCCCUUCACUCCGAUUAGCGCAAUCUCCAGGUUUAAAUACCUUGUUGGAUGCAAUAAUGCAACAUGAACAAAAUGCAGAAUCUCCAUCCAGUGGCAGUGGUGUUAUCAGUUCAAACGUGCAGGGACACGUCAACCUACCAGAACCAGACGAAUCACGAAUUCAGAAGUUUCUUGAAAAUGUUGAAUCAACUAAGAAACUCACGAUAUCGUUGGCAGUUCUGGAUGAUGAUCUCCUCUUGAAGAGGUUGAAAGAAUCCACAGUUGAAAUUCACACGAUAGAAAUUCACUCCAGGUGUGAGGUACACAAAGUUCUGAGUGUUUAUUCUUUGCCCUCUUGUCUAAAGAUCUUUCGUAUUGCUAAUAAUAUCUUAGAUUAUGAGGAUAUUUUUGCUCUAGUCAGAUCCUUUCGUAGCGAGAAUAAUUUACAGGAAUUAGAUUUAUCUCGUACCAAGUUUGAGAAGAAUAUUUUCCAUAGUUUUAUUAGCGUACUUAUGAAUUGUAACGAUUUAACAAGAUUGAAUUUAACUGAUAAUUGCUUAACUAAACAUGAAAUAUCCAGUCUGUUGGAGUCAUUAAAAUGCAUGACAAGUCUUAAAAAUUUACACUUAUCUAAAAAUAACCUAAGCGUAUUCGAGAUACACGGACAGUUGGAUAACAUUGUUUCUUUAGAUUUGUCGCACAACGCACUCCAGGGAAACACAAGCAUCAUUGAUAUCUGCAAACUGCAGUCACUCGAAGAAAUAAACCUCUCUCACAACCACAUUAGAUUUUUCCCCUUGCCCGAAUUCGACACACAACUCGACAACUUACCAAUUAACAUGAAAACUAUUUCGUUAUCUUUCAAUUACAUGACACCCGAAGACAUCAGCCGGUUUUCCUUCUUAAUUAGGUCAAAUCUGACAAAACUUUACUUAGAUUCUAAUCACAUUGGCAACUCAAUUUGGUCCUUGGCUGCACUAGGUCUAAGGUUUUUGAAAGUGUUAAGUUUAGCUAAUACUGAUGUUUGUGUUGCUGUUGAUGGUUUGGCGUUCCUACUUUCAUUAGUUCCAGAACUCGAAGAACUCAAUUUAUCGUCCAAUAAUCUUGUGUUGGACGACUUUCGCCAACUCCAAUCAGCAUUAUCAAAUUUAACACAGUUAAAAAAGUUGAAUAUCAGCAACAAUCCUGAAGGAGCUUCAGAUCUUUUGAUAGAGGUCCUGUCUUCGUUCAAAAAUCUCCAGGAGUUGAGGCUAAGUAACACCCAUAUGAAUGGUGAAGAUUUGGGAAAAAUCUCAAACUCACUCGCAUCCUUGAGAGAUCUUAAAUAUCUCGAUUUAAGCAUGAAUGCUAUUGACUCAGAUGGAACAAGAACACUUGCGAACUUGUUGAAGGGAUUUCUCUUGUUGGAGGGGUUAGACCUGAGCCAAUCGUCCAUGACGGAAAGUGAUUUAAAUGUAUUGUGGAAUAGUUUUGCUUUGCUAAAAGUGUUAAAAUAUCUGAAUUUGUCUGGCAAUCAGGUUGAUGCCAAUGCUUUUGAUAACACCCUGUUAUUUCCUCCGUCGUUGGAAGAGCUUAUUAUCAGUAAUGUCAUUCAUGGCGAAAAGCUCUUUGUGAAAAUGUUACCACUCAAGAAUCUAAAAAAACUUCACCUUAUUGACAUGAGAUUAAGAGCCUGUGAUGUCGAGGCACUAGCCGCAAUGUUGUCGUCUUUUUCGAUGUUGGAAGAGAUAUCUUUAGCUCAUACAGUUGUAGACUCAAACAUUGAAAAAAUCUUUAGUGCUAUGAAGUGUUUACCCAAUAUUAAAAUUAUUGACCUCAGUGGCGUAAAAUUACCUGACGUAGAUGCAUUAGUUGACAUGCUUUCGUCUCUUUUGUCUUUGGAAGAGCUAGUUUUAGUUGGAAUGUGUAUUGAUAACAUCGAUCAUGAAAAAUUGAUUGAUGCGUUAGUUUUGUUGAAAUCUUUAAGCAUUCUGAAUCUUCAAUGGGCUAAAAAAUUGGGAAAACGGUCGCCACGAUGUCGGCGGCCAGGUAUUUGUUUUGAAGAUGUUGAAGACACAAAACAGCUGUGUUCUGGGUUGGGGAAAAUCAGAUAUUUAAAGGAACUUAGCUUAAACCUUGGGGACCGCCACCCAGAGUGUAUAAACCAUUUAGCUGAAGUGUUACCGUCACUACAUUUGUUGGAAAGGUUUGUGUUGGAAUGUGAAUAUAGUGAUUUAUCUGGUAAACACACAGUCGAAAAAUUGUUUUCCGCGUUAGGAAGAUUGAUGUAUUUGCGAGAUCUCGAAUUUACUAAUCGGCAUUUCCGAAUCCAAGAAAAUGUUAGAGAUAUUUUGAAAGCUGUAGCUCUGAUGUUAUUAUCACUGCAGUUAUUGGAAAAACUAGUGUUUGAUCUGCCGUAUAACUGGUGUAGAAAUAACGAUGAAGAUGGAGAUUAUACAAGCGAAAUACAACUGGUCACGACCGCAUUAGGAAAGUUGAAGAAUUUAAGAGAACUUGGAUUAUCUGGUAUUAUGAGUGGAAAAGGCAUAGCUGAGGUUUUAGCGUCACUGCCAUUGUUGGAGCGAUUAAUGCUCAGGUUUAAUUAUGUUUGGAAAAGCGGGGAUAUGUGUAAUAAUAAUAUUGGAUAUGAAGAAAAAAUAUUUCAUUCUUUAGUAAAAGUAAAAUAUUUAAAACAGCUUUUUAUAUUUGAUACUCAUUUUUGCACAGACUUGGUUGAGGUUUUACCGUCACUGAGGUUGUUGGAGACGCUAGGGUUAGAAUUGUACGCUCGGGAUAAGACAUUGUCACUCUCACUGGGGGAGUUGAAAUAUUUAAGGAAACUUGAUUUACAAAAUGUUGAUAUAAAUGAACGAACUUUAUUUAAUGGCUCUCGAUCAUUCUACUUGUUGGAAAAGCUAAAAAUUUCGUUUUAUGACGUAGGUGCAGUGGAACAGCGAUUUCAAUAUUUAGGAAAAUUAAGACAUUUGAAACAGUUGACUCUUGAUGUCGAAAAGAGUUUAGUUGAUUCCUUAUUGCCUAUUGCGUCACUGUCGUCACUCGAGAAGAUUGAACUGAAUAUGAACUGGAUAUAUUUGGAUAAUGACAAUGCAAAGCAGCUGGUUGCUUUAUUACUUAAAGUAAGAUUUCUAAAGAAACUUUCUUUAGGCCACGUUUCGCGUCAUUCUACCCAAUAUGUGAUAGACGCUCUAGCUGAGGCGUUACCAGCAAUGAAAUUUUUGGAAACGCUGUCGUUGGAAUACAUUAAUUUUACCAAAGUCAAUAAAGAGCAACAGUUAAUCACUGCAAUAGGAUCGUUGAGUUUUUUGAAAAAACUUGAUUUAUCAGCUUCUUCAAUUACCCAGACCGGUGAAGAAACUUUAACUGUUGUGCUGCCAAAUUUAUACAACUUAAGACGUUUUACGCUACCAGAUUUUAGAUACUUGGGGCAUCAUAAAAAACUUAAGGAGGCACUAGGCCGCGUAAUUCCUUCGUUUAUCCUCAGGUGAGACUAGACACGUGGAAAAAUUUGUGGGAGCCUUUUUGAUAUUUUAUUCCAUUAUGGCGCAGUCAUUCAGAUAGUGAUAAAGGUUCUAAAACAUCUAUUUCAGCCACCCAUUUAGCAGAAACGCCGAAAUCACUCCUGGAAAAUGAAACCCUGACAAUAAAUCACAAUAUUUCCAAACGCUGCAACACUUAGCAGUAAUAAUCAAUCGUUGUUGACCUUUUCGUUGUUUCAAACACUGGUUAAGAAUUCAACAGAAGUCGAGUGACAGUAUUGUAGUCUGCAGCCGUUGACUGAGAAACGUUUCACACAGAACACGCACGCAUUUAUACAUUGCAUUUAUAUAACGGUAAAGUUUCUUGUAUCCUGUAGAAAGUUUUAAUUCUUUCAACUCUUCAUUGAAAGAACACUUCCGAAUUUGUAUUGCUGGCUAUUUUAAAACUUGAUUGCAUGAAUAACAAUCAGUUGUAUGAAAACAGUUUCAUUAGCUUGACGCAGCAAUGGAAAUUUGUUUCAUAUUUCAACGUAAAUCAUUACAAACCUUUCUCUUUAAAAUAUAUUAAAUAUUAAGAAUAUUAAAUUCAUUAACCAUGAUAAUUAUUAAAAACAGUAAUUGUAAAUAAUAUUGUAGCUGAGUUCUGAGGUUAGAAACCUUUGAAAUAAGAGCUGAAAUAAGAGUCAUUGCUGAGUUCUUCUCAAAAUACCAAGUGGUUUAUUUAACUUGUAUGAUAACGACAUAAUAAUAACAAUUAUGCAGUUAAAAUGAUAACUGAUAGUGGAAGCACAGGAAAUACAAAAUUUAAAAUGCUAAUUAAGACGAGUUAAAAGUUCGGAUUGUUUGUAUAAGGGUCAUAAAAUGAAAUAUUAGAUAUGAAAAACGAUUGCUAACAACGACCUUGCAUGCCUACGACCUUUUUCACUGUACUGGAAAAUAUGAAGAACCGAGCAAGGUUUCAUAGUUUCGUGCUUGAUAUUUUUUAGUACAGCUUGUGUGGUCGAUGUUAGUAGCUACGUUUUUAUUAUAUGACAUGAUUUAUUUCAAAUAUUAUCAAUGGCCAUCGUGUUGUCGUAAGUGAAAAUGAAUUAUUGAAGUAUAAUUUCAAAUUCAAAAUGGCUACCUAAAUAACGAUGCUAUUGGUCAGGAGUUUCCAAAGAAUAUUUUAGAACUAUAAUAUCCACCAAUGAAAUCAUCUUUAAGAUAUUUUAGAAUCUUUUUAGAAAGUGAGCUGUUGUAAUUUAUUUUCACUUACACUAAAUCCGCCCUGCGUCGCUCUGAACUGUGUGAAAAUGAUAAAAGUAGUUUCGCAUUCUUCAUUUUCAAUUUCCGAAUUAUGAAAUCAUUAUGAAAUUCGUAUUCAUAUUGCUUCUCGUUCUUAAUUUCUUUUACAAUUUUACUUUUUGUGAAACAAAUUGUUUGAAUUUUAACGUUUUUGUGAUUGUAAACCUCAAAAGGCGAUAAAGAAUACCAGUUAAACCCCUGCGGGCUUUGUGAAAUAAUUCUGUCAUUUCAGCAGUUAACCAAAUUAUUGGUCACUCAGGUGCGCUAUUUAACUCUGUCAUAUAAUAAAGAAAGUAUCAACUAUUAAUAACUUGCUAUGGGUAAUUUGAUCGUCGACUUUAUAGAAAUUAUCACCGCAAUCUUAGUUAGACAAGAGGGAUCUUUUACGGAAGUGAAUAUACGAAUGUGGGAUGACAGUCAUAAACUAAAAAUAUAAUGUGAAUUAUUAUGAAAAGAAUUAGUGUGUCGUGUUUUUAGGAAAACGGUGCACUUUCAAAUAUUCAUUUCUUUUUAAAAAACGACGAAAUGUCGUUGCAAUGAAAACUUGCCGAAUAAUGUCGUCGUCCUUCAUUCGGUAGAAAUGUUUGAUCAUUCCUGAUAUUUGAGAGCUUAUAUUUCAUAGAACUGCUUUUCACUGUCGCGUUUUUUGCACCGUGCGUACACGCAUGUAAAGUUUAAAACUUUCCAAUUUAUAAUUCCAUGCCAGAAAAAACCCAAAUCUUCAACAGAAUCCAACUCAAUGGAUCUAAACAAUGGUUGAUUUCAUAAGUAUCAUUUAAAUGAAUUGAAACUUUUACGUGCGUAUACGUAUAUACGUACAAAAAACGCGAGAGUGGAAAACAGCCCUGAACUGAGUGGUGUUCUUAGGUACAUUUCGUACAGUGUUGGUGUUGUUUGCCAGUAAUUAUGUGUUAUACCAUCAAGACACAAUGGCGACACUAUACAUGCACCAAUGGCGACACUAGUCUCUGGGCUAACGGCCAGGGCGUUACGCCACUAUGUGUAAUCAACUUUCAUCGACUCUAAAACGACAUUGAAUCAUGUGUACGAAUUUAGUUGAUCAAAUUUUUCGUUUUAGUUUUCGAUGGCGAAGGUUUGAAAUUGAUGCGCUUACACUUUAUCUGGUUUCUUCUGUUUGUAAAAACAACUCGAAACAUGCAAAUAUACUCGAAAAAAGUAAAUUUCAGCGCUUUGUAUCAUUUACACCAUAUGUAAUUGAUAU